AUGAAGCAUAGGUACUUCAUAAAGCAUGUCGUAUCCGUGCCAGUACUUGACAUGAUUAUGAAUGAAGAAAGUAUUGAACAUGCACAAAAAUUGAUUUGGGUUUUUAGGCAUGCCCUUUCUGGUGUCUUUUUGGCUUUAAUUUUGAGGCAUGGUUUUGCAGCAAAAUGUCCCUUUAGCUCCUCAGUUCUUGAAGAGAUAAUGAAGACGAAAAAAUCUACCGUUCUUCUUGGCGGUAGGGCGGCUACGGAAGAUACGUCGUGUCUUCUACUUAUCGCACAACGUAUACCAUUACUUAUCCUAAUUCCCUUUCUCCGAUUUGCAGAUAGUCAUGCCCACACCAGUGACAAGCUCAAAGACAAGCUGCUCGGGGGACUUCUAUCUCCAGGCUUCCAUGAAUCCUCUUGCUUAAGCCGGUACGGAUCCAUUCUAUACCGAAAACUCUCCCCCCACAAGCCCUCUCCCUACCUCAUCUCCAAAUUACGAAACUACGAAUCCCUCCACAAACAGUGCGGAACAAACACCGAAUCCUACAACGCAACUCUGAACCACCUCUACCGCCCCAGCCACGACAUUUCUGACAAUGAUACCUGCAAAUACGUUGUGCUUCUUUUCUAUGGCCACAGCGGCGUAGGAAACAGAAUGCUGAGCCUCGUCUCGUCCUUUCUCUUCGCCGUUCUAACAAACAGGUUGUUGCUCAUUGAUCAAGGCGACGACGUGGCUGCCCUCCUCUGCGAACCGUUUCCUGACACCACUUGGGCCAUCCCUUUAGACUUCCCGCUCAGAAACCAAUUCGGAAGGUUCGAUUCAAAUCACCCACAUUGUUAUGGAAACAUGAUGAAAAAUAAGACCGUGGAGUUGUCAAUGGAUGACUCCCCUCCACCAUUCGUUUUCCUGAAUUUGGUUCACGAUUACAACGAACAUGACAAGCGCUUUUUUUGUGAUCGAGAUGAGAACAUUAUGAAGGAGGUGCCGUGGUUGUUAAUUAGAUCGAAUCAGUACUUCAUUCCAUCUCUGUUUCUUAUGCCGUUGUUUGAGAAAGAAUUAAGCAAACUGUUUCCGGAGAAAGAAACAGUUUUCCACCACUUGGGUCGGUACCUUGUCCACCCCUCGAAUCAAGUAUGGGGACUGAUUACUCGAUACUAUGAAACUUAUUUGGCUGAAUCUGAUGAGAGAAUCGGAAUCCAAAUCCGGGAUUUCAGCAGCACAGGUCUUCCUUUCCAGAGUUCUAAGGAAUUGCCAUUUACCUACAUGAUGGACCGAAUACUCAACUGCUCCGCGCAGGAAAAUCUGUUGCCAAGAGUGAUAACCAAUGCCCAGAAUUCUGUUUUAAACGCCACAAGAAACACAAAAACAAAAUCCGUUCUAGUUACAUCGUUGAGUUCCUGGUACUUUGAGAAGUUGAGAAACAUGUACCGGGAUAAUCCAGCCAUUACAGGCGAAUCAAUUACUGUUUUCCAACCCAGCCAUGAAGAAUCCCAGCAGAGUAACAACGCCCAACACGAUAUGAAGGCAUUGGCUGAGAUUUACCUUCUUAGCUUAAUGGAUGAGUUGAUCACAAGCCCUUGGUCCACUUUUGGGUAUGUAGCUCAAGGCCUAGGGGGUUUGAGACCGUGGAUUUUGAGCAAUCCCCUGAGGGAAAUGGAUUCUGACUUGCCUUGUCGUCGGGCUACUUCAAUGGAACCUUGUUUUCAUUAUCCUCCCUCUUAUGGUUGUGGCGCGAAAACAGGAAUAGAUACCGGGGCAAGGGAGUAUGUGAGGCAUUGUGAAGAUAUUAACUGGGGGAUUAAACUGUUUUGAUGAUCAUGAGCUGUAGCUGCACCAACAAAAGUUUUGUUUCGAUGUGUUUCAUUGGAAUAAACUGAGGAAAAGUGGAAGAGAUUUAGGAUGAAUGCUUCAUGUUUGUCAUGGAAAUGAGGAUACACCAUUUUACAGAAAAAUUGGAAGGGUUUUGCGAGUCUGUCGCCAUUAGCAAUGACUAAGGCUUCAACUGGCGGAAACUAGCUCAUCGGUGAAGGCUUGUGCUUGUGAUACUACUACUACAAGGGCUGUGGAUCGUCCUUUCAAAUGCAGGCCAGGGCGAACCGACUUUAAAGAAUGUAGCCGCAUCGGGCCCCUAGAUUUUAUCUAACGUUUUUUAGCUCUAAAUUUUUUAUGCUCUUACUAUGCCUACACAUGAAAUUAAUCUGAGAGCUUUUUUAUUU